UCUUGCCUAGUUUUGACUUCACAUUGAUUCGAUCGAACCUAGCAGCAGGAAACCAUGAUCAAGCUUCUUACCUAAUUCAACCAAACAGCUCAGAUCUAAUGACUCUCCAACUGGUAGAUUCAUCCCCAUCUUCUUCCUCCACAUGUUCACACAAGUACGAUGUGUUUCUGAGUUUCAGAGGCCAGGAUACUCGCCACGGUUUCACAGGUCACUUGUACAACACUUUGGUUCAAAGUGGGUUCACCACAUUCAAAGACGAUGAUGAGCUUCGAAGAGGAGAGUUGAUUGCAACAGCACUUCUCCGAGCCAUUGAAGAAUCAAAGCUCUCUCUCAUUGUCUUCUCUGAAAGCUAUGCAUCCUCAAGGUGGUGUUUGGAUGAACUGGUUCAUAUCAUUGAAUGUAAAAGAUGGAAGAACCAAAUGGUUCACCCGAUAUUUUACAAGGUCAAUCCCUCAGACGUAAGACACCAGACAGGUAAAUACGGUGAGGCACUUGCAAGACAUGAGCUCAGAUUCGAAGAUGACAAGGACAGGGUGUUAAGAUGGAGAGCAGCUCUAAAAGAAGCAGCAGAUUUAUCUGGGUCGCAUUUCUCUGGCCUCGGGUAUGAAUAUGAAUACGAAUUUAUUGGUGAAGUUGUUAGAGAGAUUUCUAGCCGAGUGAAGAGAGGUACCAAGUUGAAUAUGCCAGAGUGCCAAGUUGGAUUAGACUUGCGGCUGCGGCAUAUGCUUGAAAUUUUAGAUGUUGAGGCAAAUGAUGUACGGAUGGUAGGAAUAUGGGGAAUUGGCGGAAUAGGCAAGACAACAGUUGCUAAAGCCGUUUACAAUGAAAUUGCCCAUAAGUUUGAUGGUUGCUGCUUUUUGGCAGAUGUAAGAAAGGGUUCAGAGCAACAUGGAGGUCUAGUGAAGCAACAAAAUAAACUUCUCUCUAGCAUUGUGCGACUGAAAGAAUUGAAAAUAAACAAUCUUCAUGAAGGAGCGACUAUAUUGCGUAAAACAUUGAGACAGAAAAGGAUUCUCUUAGUUGUUGACGAUGUGAGUAAAGAGGAACAGUUAAAGAAUUUAGUUGGGGGAACUGAUUGGUUUGGUCGUGGUAGCAGAAUUAUCAUAACAACAAGAGAUAAGCGUCUGUUGACUGUUCAUGGUGUCAAUCCCAUUUACAAUGCCACUGAACUAGUUUAUGAUGAAGGUUUUGAGCUCUUUUGUUCAAUAGCCUUCAAAACGAAGAGAGAUUUGUAUGAUAGUGAGAAACUGCUAGUUGAUACUGUAGUUGAAUAUGCUCAAGGGGUUCCACUAGCACUGGAAGUUGUAGGUUCAAAUCUAUCCACUAGACCUUUACGCAGAUGGCAAGAUAUGAUAGAUUGUUACAAGAGAUGUCAACCUGAAGGCAUUCAAGGUAUUCUCAAAGUCAGUUAUGAUGGACUUGAAGACACGGUGAAAGAAGUGUUCCUCGACAUCGCAUGUUUCUUCAAAGGUUGGAAUACCAAUGAUGUGAUAAAAAUACUUGAAGGCUGUGGCCGCAUCAAUGCUAUGGAAAGUAUUGCAAUUCUCGAAGAGAAGGCCCUCAUAACUGCUCCUGAAUUUGGUCAAAUAAGUAUGCAUGAUUUGCUAGAAGAGAUGGGGAAAGAAGCAGUUGAUAAUCAAGAGAAAGAUCCCAGAAAGCGUAGCAGAUUAUGGAAUCACACUGAUGUCCUCCAAGUUCUAACAGAAAACAGCGGAACAAGUAAAAUUGAAGGCAUAAUAGUAAAGAUGCCUACAGAAGUUGCUGCGAUCCACUUGCACCCUAAAUGCUUCAAAAGGAUGGAAAAUCUUAAAAUCUUUAUAAACAUCAAUGGGCGGUUUGUUGGAAAGGUUGACUAUUACCCAAAACAAUUGCGGGUGCUUGAUUGGCCUGAAUGCCCCUUGCAAUAUUUGCCCUCUAAUUUGGAUAUGAAGAAAAUGAUUCACCUUAAAAUGCCUGGCAGCCACAUCUCACAUCUUGGAGAGGGAAUCAAGGGUAUGCAAAAUCUGACAUCCUUAAAUUUGGGGGAAUGCAAAUUCCUGACACAAAUCCCCGACGUGUCUGGAAGCCCAAAUUUAAAAAUCCUAGAUCUAGGCUAUUGUACAAGUUUAGUGGAUGUUCACCCUUCCGUUGGAUCCCUUGAAAAGCUUGUUGAGCUGAAUCUUGAAUUAUGCUCGAACCUUGUGAAGCUACCUGAAAAUGUCCACUGGAGAUCCCUUGAAUACCUUAAUCUUAGUUGGUGCAGUAGGCUGGAGAGUUUCCCUGAAAUUGUGGGAGAGAUGAAAUGCAUGAAAGAGUUGAUUCUAUGGGAUGCUGGCAUCAAAGCAUUGCCUUCGUCCAUUCGGAAUCUGAUUAACCUUGAAGAGUUGACGAUAAAUAAGUGCAGAAACCUCACAGGUCUACCCUGCAGCAUGUAUGAGUUGCACAAGUUAAGAAAGGUUGCGGUGGUGAAGUGCCAAAAACUUGUAACAUUCCCAAAUAACGUUUCACAUGACGACCAUGGUCACUCUUUCUCAGGAUGCAGGCCAAUGGACAAUUUGGAUUGUCCUUGUGAUCACUUCAGUGCAAGAGGAUGCAAUUUAUCUAAUGCUGAUUUCAUGGCGUCCCUUGAUUGUGCAUCCACUUUAAGUCAUAUUGAUUUUUCAGGAAACCCCUUUGUUGUUUUACCCGAAUGCAUCAAGGAUUUUGUCAAUUUGAGGAGACUUAAUUUGAGCGACUGCAGGUGGCUCGUAGAAAUUCCAGAGCUUCCACCAGGUAUGGUAGAGUUGGAUGUGAGAGAUUGCGUAUCAUUGCAAAGAAUUUCAAAGUUGUCAAACAUUUUGGAGCGUCAAGAAUCACAGAUGAUUAAGGAGAUGGACUUGACUAAUGGCUGGAGACUGUGUCAAAAUUUGGUUGAGAUGGCAAACGAAGAAUAUGAUGAGGCAGGCGCUCAUUUCUUUUGUUGUCUCCUAUCUUCUCAGCUAUCUGAAUUCAGAAUUAGAUUUCCAGUUCCAAGAAGCGAGGUUCCAAAGUGGUUCACCUGUCAAAUGGAUUUCAAGGGGCAUCGGGGGUUUGAGUUUUUGAUUGAAACACUCCCAAAUUUCAAAUGGGAUAGCACAGGAUUGGCUCUCUGUGUUUCUGUUGAUAAUAAGCGGCUCAGUUUUGAGUUAUAUAUUUACAUCAAUGAAAUACUUGUUGUUUCACAAGAAGCUGGAUAUGUUGCUUCAGAUAAUGUGUUGGUGCAGUACAUUCCGUUCCAUGAAAUGUGGCAGUUUGAUUAUAGGCGGCCAUUGCCACCCUUUACAUGUCGAUUGAUCAUUUCUGAAAGCUACCAUCUUACGCAGCCCUUAAAAAGCUGUGGGGUCCACCUUGUGAUGCCACCCAAUGAAGAUGUUUGUAUGCAGCUCAUCUGUGCAGAGAACUUCCACAGUAAUAUGUCUUGGGAUGAAAGACACGAGAACAAGAACUGGGAAAAUUAUGGUCCCAAACAGGGGGAGUGCUCCGCUCCCACUUAACGUUUAGUGAAUUGAGUUUCGUCAUUUGGAACCAUACGCUGUUCUAAUAUGCAUACUUAGUAAACCAGCUUAUCAGUUGACUCUUCACAUUUCCAUGUUCAUUGGCAGUCUUAUCUUAGCUACUGAAAGGUUUAAAUAACAACUAACAAGAAGUUGGGAUAUGAGAAGAAGGGUUUCUUCCAGAAGACAAAGCACCACCUUGACUGCCCAAGCUUGACUUUGAAGAGGGACAUCGUUGUAGUAUAUUUAAAUCAAAUUGCACCCAGUGGCUUGCAAUGGAGAUUUGGGUUUACAGGAACCACUUUGACUUGUUUCUUUUUGCCGUGGUGGUUUUGGAGUACAGGACAGCUAGCUGAACAUCAUUGUGUCAGAAUCUGACGGCAAAAUACAAAAUGUGGAUCAGCUGACUAGGAAUGCAUUCCACUCACAGUUUUGAGAUUGUGGGAAUAGCACACUGACAUGGAGAAUGAUCUCCCCGAAAUUUCAAAUGAAAAGAUACAUGCAAGAUUACCUGUCACAAUUGUCUGUGUGGCUGCUGAAUCCUCUAUGCGUAUGCCAUAGCAAAAUUGCAGCAGGAGUCAUCAGCUCGUACCAAAUCAUGUGUAUGGCUGCAGCAACUCCAUUUGUUAUAAUCUUGUAUAUGCGUUGUGUCUACUGCUGCUUUCUAGUAGAUAAGUCUGGAGUCUUUAGAGCCGCGUUUUGGUGUGCCUGGGAUGCUGCAGUGUGCACGCAGUAAUGCCAUGACAACAGGAUGCAAAUUAAACCUUCUUUAGGUGGUAGUAUGUGGACCAUGAACCUCAGAAAGGUUUGGACAUUUGGUGGUCAAAUUUUUCAAUCACUAGCCAUGACUCGUGAGGAAAUUAUAAUGCUAAAGAUUUCAGAGAAUAAUCCUUGAGCUA